AUGCUGUCAAUCCUACGCAAAGCUCGUCUAAAGGACAAGGAAAUGCGAGUUUUAAUGCUGGGACUGGAUAAUGCGGGAAAGACCACAAUUGUCAAAAGAAUUAUGAAUGAGGAUGUCACCACCGUCAGCCCAACUUUAGGGUUUAUUAUUAAGACCAUUGAUUUCAUGGGAUAUAAACUGAACAUCUGGGAUGUCGGAGGACAAAAGACACUGCGAUCCUACUGGAAGAACUAUUUUGAAAAGACAGACACCUUAGUCUGGGUUGUUGAUGCAACUGAUCGACUCCGGGUGGAGGAUUGUCGUGAGGAACUGGCUGGGCUGUUGCUGGAGGAGCGAUUGACCGGUGCAAGUCUUUUGGUGUUCUUGAACAAGACAGAUGUAGAACAUUGCAUGUCUGAAGAAGAAGUCCGGCAGCGUCUUGACCUGGAUUCAAUCAAAACUCAUAAAUGGACAAUCUUCCCAUGCAGUGCUAUGACGGGAAAAAACUUGACAGAAGGGCUGGAGUGGGUGGUACAAGAUGCGAAAGACCGAUUGUUUCUCUACUAG